GAUCCAAGAUCACGUGAUUUGAAACGAUCCAAGAAAUAUGGCGGUGUUUUUAGCAAACGUCAUAAAUGGCGGGGUUUUGUAUCGUCAACAAAUAAGAAUACAAGUUCAAUAAGCAAACAAGCACCACAUCAUACAAGACAUACGGAAGACUUUUCUAAAGCGGACAUGCAAGUUCGUAGUUCAUCCUCAACGAUAAAUGCCGAGGUUCACCACAUUGACAGUUCCGCGAGUGAUUCGCAGAUAACGUCAUUUUCGGAAACUCUAGCGCAUGCGCACAGUUUGUCGUCUGGAACAAAUACUAACGAGCUAGAGGCAGAAUCGACGACAUCGGGCAGCGUCUUCGAGGACGAGUUUGAUGCUCUGCUGCACGGCAACACCACAGACAUGAUUUCAAGAAUAGAGGAUCUUCCGCCCGAUCAAGUUCUCAAACUUCGCGACCAACGUGGUAACACGCUACUUCAUCGCAGCAUGCUCGUAGGAAAUCCGGAUCUAGUCAAAUAUGUCUUGGAAAAAUUCCCGGAAAUGACGUCGGAUAUCAACGCCGAAAACGAGACAGCGGUGGAAAUGGCAGCGAAGCAUGGUCAGUUUGACUGUCUCAAGGUGAUGUUGGAGCGGUCUCAUAGACGUCACGCGCUCGGUCCCGCCAUGUUGAAUCGUCUGCUCAACGUCUGCGCGCAGCACGGACAGGCGGAGUGUUUAUAUCUUCUGCUGAAUUCUGUGACACGUGAGCCACACAGCGCAUGCGCACUUCCGGGUGACGUGCGCGGUAACACUGCCGCGCAUCUGGCGGCAAAACAUGGACAUGUCCAGUGUUUACACACUCUCGUGGCAUGCGGCUAUGACGUCACUUCCGAGAACCUUCUCCAGCAGCGCCCCCUGCACGUGGCCCAUCAGAGCAGAAGUCAUGUGUGCUUCGAAUACCUACUACUGCUGAACAUGUGCGCACGCAUGUGGGCUUUAUUGCACGCGCAGACGAGACUCAACGCCAGUCUUCUGGAACAGAACGCCAGCUGUCGAGCUUCUAUAGACAACGUGACAAAGUGUCUGAGAAAAUACGAACACUUUUGUAAAGACACUGAACAGAGUCUGUCAGACACUAAACAGGACGUCCUUCAUACCUUGCGAGGUUUACACGAACGUUUGACGUCACUUUCUGACGUCACAACGCUGGGCGCGGGUGAACAACUCAGGGGCCAGUUGGCGGAACUGACGUCAGAGAUUGAGCUCAUCGAGGAUACGUUUGAUUUCUCGCCGCUCGCCGAUCUGCACGCCACCUUACGGAAGUUGGACGCCUCACUGGUGGAAGCGUUAUCCAGCGUCACCGAGAGGACGUCAAACGACCGGACUUACCCGCCCACCACUGACGAGGUGGCAACACAAACCUUAUGCGGGCUUUUGAAGGACAUCCACAGAGAAUACAUUUUGGAGAACUGGAACACGGAACAUUUGUACGAGAAAUAUCUUUCGAACACCGGUCUUGGCGUCCCGGGCUUCUUUGACGUGGGUGCAACGUCAAACUUUACGUCAUCAAACGUGAAAUCAUUUAAUGUAACGUCAUCAAAAGAUGCAUCAAACACUUUUGAGAAUCCAGCUGAAGCAUGUUCCACCAAAUCAGGACAGGCAGAAGAACAAAGUGUCAAGGCAGCAAAAAAGAACACAGAUUUAUCUAAGUCAUUAGAAAAAUGUGAUUCAGCGCGAAAGAAACAGACUGCUAAUACUGAUUCUGGUACGUUUGAAAACUCGGCGUCAGCAGUUCAUUCAACAAAACGCGAUGCUCCCGAAGAUUGUGUGAGAAGAACGCAUACAAAGGACCAGAAUUCGUAUAAACAGUUCAAAAACGAUACGAAGGAGGACAUCGAUCAUGAAGAAGUUGAUAUAAAUAAAUUGGACAAAAGUGACGAUAAAAAUCAGAAUGGCGAAGGCUAUGCGACAGACCUACUCAAUGACCCAACGGAGAGACCUUUCACGAAGCUCCUUUCCCUGGACGAAAGAAUCGAUCUUUUGAUAGCUGGCGAAAGAAGGAAGGAGCGAGAAAUUGACGGGAGCAUUCACACGUCGAGCGGAAGCCUGCAGUCGUCGCACUCCAUGGAUCCGCCGUCCACGUUUACGUCGGUGACCUCACACACAUCCGGGGCAUCAGACUGGUACAACAAGCUCGCGUUAACCAGUCUGGAGACCGCAGCGAACGAUUACGUCACCAACAACGAGGUGUCACGUGACGCGACGAGUGACACGACAUCGUACUGGUGGGAUGUGGAGGAAAGAGGAUACGCAAACGAAGACGGUAUGCUGUCAGCGAUGUACGCCGACAACAUCCGUCGACGUGUACACGUGCAUUGUGACAACGCCUCUUCGUCAUACGACGAUCUCCGUCGACAGAGGAUCGCUAGUCACCUUAAAGCCGUCCAGCAAACUAGGUUUACAUCGGACAACUACCGCGAAAGGAUAACUACGUCAUCAGGUGAGGUCAUGGGAGGCUUCGACACUCCACCGGAAGUGGGACCGCAGCGCCGUGUUCAUGUCGACGUCACUGGUGCUUUGAGAAACAGAGACCAAUCGAAACAAGCUAGGGGAAACCGGAAGCCGGGUAAACCCCGUUUGUUUACAUUGGAGGACGCCAUAGACGCAACAUCUGAGAGCGAGGCUGACUUCCGGUAUAGAUACAAGCGUCCACGAGAUCAAGUGCUCAGUGUUCGAUGGGAGGACAUGUCGAUGACGGACGACGAUGAUCGCGGUCCGCUUUCAUGGCUCGAGCGCGAGCUAGGCGGAAUGGGGUCUCGUAGCAGCGGAAGUGAUACGAUAUCCGUGGAGUAUGCCGCUCAGAGCUUCGUCUGACCUUGAACACUGGUGACCACCCGAUUGGCAGUGACACGAUAUCCUUUUAGCAUUGCGCUCAGGGCUUCCUCUGACCUUGGAACACACUAAUGACUAACUGUGGCAGUUACAAUUGAUUCUUCGAGUGUUGCGCUCAGAGUUUCGUCAGUCCUUGGAACGCACUGUUGACCAUCAGAAGCAGUGGCAUGAUAUACGACGAGUAUGGCGCUUAGAACUACGUCUGACCUUUGAACACACUGUUGACAACCAGCGGCACAAGAUAUCAGAGUGUGGCGCUCCGAGUUUUGUCUGUCAUUGAAAGUGUUUACAAACAGCAACAGUGAUAUUCGUGUACAUGUAGUUUGACGCUUAGAGCUCCGUCAGUCCUUGGAAUGCAUUGUUGGCCAUCAGAGCAGUAACAUGCUUUAUGAGAAUGGCGCUUAGAGUUACGUCUUACCUUUGACCACACUGUUGAUUAACAGAGCGACAGUGACACGACAUCACUGGUGCAUAGGGCUUCCUCUGAACUUGGAAACACACUGCCACACAGCGGCAGUCAUACAUACUUUGCAGUAUGGAGCUCAGAGCUUUGAAUGUACUUGGUACGCAUUGUUAAUAACCAGCGGUAAUGACAUGCUAUCCGUAAAGUAUUGCGCUAAGGUUUUGUCUUUCCUUAGAACGCACUGUUGACCAACAUAGCGGCAGUGAAACGAUAUCCGUGCUGCUCAGGGCUACAUCUGACUUUGGAAUAACCUGUUGACCAACAGCGGCAGUGAAACGAUGUCUGUGCAGAAUGGCGUCCAGGCCUUCGUGGGACUGUCGAAUUCACUAUUGGUCAACAGAGCGGCAGUGACACAAUGUCCGUGCUCUAUGACGCCCAGUGCUUCGUCUGACUUUGGAAUACACGUUUGACCGAUAUUGCGGAAAUGACACGAUUUCCGUUUUUACCGACGAGGAAAAUGUACACUAUUGGCAACGCGACCUGAUCAACAAAGUUGCAUCGUUUGUUUAGAUUCCUUAAGUGUUGUUCAGUACUUCAACACUAUUGUAAUACGUAUGAGUGCCUAAACUUAUAAGUCUGUAGUGUUAGACCAACGUUACAGUAUUAUAGUUUUCUAUAAAAAGAAUCAUAAAGUAAAUGCACGUGUAAAGUGGCGUUUUUUGACAAUCUCCGCAUUUAAGUAUUGCAUUCAAAAUAGAAUCAAAACACCUAUACCAAUUGAUUAUUACCAUUGAUUGAUACCAAUUUCCUUGUCACUGUACUUGCACAAGCAAACGGACGGUACCUUUAGAGUGAAGUUUACUGACCAACAUUAACAGGAAUAUAUAUAUACAGGCAGAUUUCAAUUACAAAAAUAAAACAUAUUUUAAUGUUCAA